AUGAGGCUGUUUACAUCCACAGUGUGUUUAGAGGAAUUCGAACCUCGGCCACCAUUCCUAACAGAUCCCACACGGGACAAUCUAAAAACUAUGGGAUACGGUUCGACCUAUCGAGAUCACAAAUUAAGGCUUCCGACUCCGGAGAAAGUCGCCAUCAUGGAACUUUCUAAUAGUUUUGAGCGACGUAGGCUUGGUAAACAGCAGCAGAUGUUGACGGAUAUGAAUCAACGCUGUAGGGAACAAGAAGUUGCUGAUUUGUCCAACAAACUAACGGAAAAGUGCAGUCUUUUGGACGCGGAAAAUAGGAAAGCAAGAGAAGCGGAAUUUUAUCGUACGAACUUUAUGUCCAAAAGACAAAAAACAUAUCAUGGAUUUCCCGAAGAAGAAAAUCCGGAAUUUAGCGAAUCGAAUUCGCCGUCCCAGUCGCCUGUUAUGAAGUCUCCGCGACUGGUUUUUGAUAGAAGUUAUAAACAUUUUCCCGCCAGAAGAGUGAUGAAACACCAAUCUCGAUUUGACCUUGGUCGGACACAUUAUCGGCAUCACGUGAAACACCAACAAAAAGUUGAAAAAACCACACAAGCUACCAUGCCUCAGUAUGCUGAAAGGUUAUACAACAGGGCAAAAUACUUAGCAUCUCAACGAAUCAAUGGACAAGUACAGCUUGAUCAUUACAACAGUCCGCGAAAUGACCAUUUCGCCCCGCUGAUUCUGCCAAAUAUUGACAGUGGGUCUAAUAAUAAACUCGAUUCCAUUACCACUGCACGUGUGAACCUGGGUGCGCGGUCAAGGUCAACCCUUACCCAUGGAAUGGACGGAAGUGUCGGAGGUUAUCUUAGUAACAAAAGCAGUUUUAAAAGCACGCGCUCCACACGUGCACCUAAAACCUUGAACGGCGAGAUACUCUCCUCCGUUACGGUUCCUCAGACCGAGAUGGCGCUUCAAGAUCCUCCUUCACUCCCGGCUAACGCGGAUGCCCCUGAGGAACUCAAGGAGAAGGAUGAAGUUGUGACUGCUCCUACUGAAGGGAAUGGCGACGCGGUGGAAGCAGAUGUGACUGUGUAA